CUCCCUCCGUGAGGGGAACGGGCAACGAGCUCCGUCCGACCCUCCGUGAGGGGAGCGGGGAAUAAGCCCCGUCCGACCCUCCGUGAGGGGAACCGGGCCGGGACUGCCGCAAUAUGUGGAAUAUGUCAAGAUUCUCCUAAGUCAGGAUGUUUUUUGGUGUACGCUCUUUGUGUACUUUUAAGCCUCAUCAGCAAGGGAGUCUAAUGAGCGCAACGGGCAGCAGGAGCAUCCCUUAGUCAAGGACAUCUGGGAAAUAACAAGAUUUAAGGAUGUAGUAAAUCAAGAUGUUGAUGUACGUCUAUGAAUACAUGGCUAACUUGGCAAAAGACUUAAGCCUGUCGAGGUUGGUUACCUGAUCCUCGGCCGUACCUGAACCUCAUUGUUGCAGCGUUUAAUAACUGAAUAUCCAGACGACCUAUAAAGGUGCCUUUGGGGAAAGAAUGAUGGGAAAAGAGUCGACGUUCCCGGCUCGAAAUGGGCAACAAGCAAACCAUUUUCACUCAAGAGCAACUGGAUGCAUAUCAGGACUGCACAUUUUUCACAAGGAAAGAGAUCCUGAGGUUGUUUUACAGGUACCGAGACCUGGCCCCUCAGCUCGUUCCCCUCGACUACACAGACAAACCAGCUGUGACACUGCCCUACGAGCUCAUUGCCAGCAUGCCGGAGCUCAAGGACAACCCGUUCCGGCAGCGGAUCGCAGAGGUGUUCUCCGAGCACGGCGACGGCAACAUGACUUUGGAUGAUUUCCUGGACAUGUUCUCAGUGCUCAGUGAAAUGGCUCCCAGAGACCUGAAAGCUUAUUAUGCUUUUAAAAUUUACGAUUUUAACAACGAUGAUUACAUAUGCAAAUCAGACCUAGAGAAAACUGUCAACAAAUUAACCCGGAAUGAGCUGACCCCAGAAGAAGUCAGCCUUGUUUGUGAAAAGGUCAUUUACGAGGCUGACGCGGACAAUGAUGGCAAACUGUCCUUGGGAGACUUUCAGCACAUGAUCCUCCGAGCCCCAGAUUUCCUCAGCACAUUUCACAUUAGGAUCUGAAUCCAGUGAAACACAUGGAUGGAAGCACUUCUGGAACCUUAAAAAACUAUCACUUCACCCAAGAUUACCAACCACAAGAGCACAAAAUGAGAGGGGCAAAGACUUUGGUUGCUUCAGACUUCAGAAAACUGUUCUUGUUUUCCUCUUUUAAAGGAUCAAUUAAUUAAGCUCUGCAUCAAGAUUUCCCUGGAAUUUACCAAAAUGUCUAUUCCACCCUCAGCUAGAGCAAACCUGGCCUGGACAGUGAGAUGGGAAGUAUUCUUUUAAAGUUCAGAUACCACCAGGCAGUAAAGGAGCUUGUAUAGCUUCUAAAAAUUCCCAAGAAAAUGCCUUAACCAGGAAAAAAACCCACUUGAGAGUAGUUUCCAAAACACUGUGAUUAAUCAAAAUUGUGUAAGCAACUCCUGAUCAUUUACAGUCUUAAUAAAUGCUCCAAUGAAUCAAUUUGCAGAUGUAUUCUCCAGAGUGCAGGAUUUACAAC